CAUCAUGGGAAAUAUUGAUGGACCUUAAGGAGCUUGUUGAGAUUGUUGUCUCGACAACUCUAUCAGAAGAAAUAUUGUCAUACUUGGACACCAAAACAUUGGAUCAUCGACGACUACUGACAGAGACUUUUCCUGAUUUUAAUUUGAAGCCAAAACACCACUAUAUUGAACAUUAUAGUCAUCUUGUGCGUUGUUUUGGUCCCUUAGUUGAUUUGUGGACUAUUCGAUUUGAAUCUAAGCACAACUUUUUCAAGAAAACUGUGCAUGAUGGCCAAUGCUUUAAGAAUAUACUACUAACACUUUCUUCAAAGCAUCAACAAAUGAUGGCAUACUUCUUAGAUGGUCACAGUCUUUUUAAACCAAGUCUGCAUGUUGAUAAUAUUGACACAGUUGACAUCUGUUUCUUGAAUGAAACUCUUCAGAAGUGCUUGAAACUGAAAUAUCCACAUGUAAAAGCUGUGUCAUUUGCUAAAUGUGUUUAUCUGUAUGGGACCCAGUAUGUUAAAGGCAUGAUCAUUUCAUCAGGACAACUGAGUGGACUGCCUGAGUUCUACAAGAUACUGAACAUUUUGGUAGACUCUGGGAAAGUGUCAUUUGUUGCUACAAAGCUCUCCUCUUGGUUUAUGGAACAUUACAGAUCAUAUCGGCUUGACAGCAGCUACAAAGAUCUGGAAAUACUUGACCCAGAAGAUUUGAAUGAUUACCACCCUUUAGCUGAAUACUGCGUAGCUGGACAACUGAUGGUGACACCUGUUACGUGCCUCCUGCAUUGAAAGUGAUGGCCCUGUUACUGCGAGUCCACGUCAGUCCAAAACUUAUCAGAAAAAUCCAACUGUCCACUGUUCCAGAAUCUGUGAAGCAGCUUCAAGAUGAACUACAAGCAAAGCUUGGACUUGAAGGUGACUUUGCAAUACAAUAUGAAGACCCAGAUUUUGGGAACGCACUUUGCAACCUGAUGGAUAUUAAUGAGCUACCCGCUGGACGGGCAGUGUUGCACCUCAUUUGGGAGGAAAAUGCAUCAGCCUCGCCACCACAGACUCCAUCUGAUCAUAGCGCCAUCUCAUCUAUUGAUACAGCCAGUGUGAGUUCAGCAUCUUCUUUCAGCCCAUCCUCAUCCACCCAGACCUACAUGCGUAGCACUUCACAGUGGCCAAAUCCAUUUCCUAUCCCAAUCUUUUCCUAUGAUGUAGAGUUAAAACUUCGCAAGGGCAAUGAGGUAUAUGAGAAAGCAGGGGCAAAUUUAAGUGUAACAAGAAACAUCAAGAUGGAAAUUCUAGACAAGCUGGCACAAGAAAUGUUUGCAAUCAAAGCCUACCCUGACAAGAAUGAAAUAACAUCUGUUGCCCAGGAGCUAGUUUCCAAACAUCCCUGCCUCAAAGAGCCCGGCAAUGGCACAGGAUAUGAUGGUUGGGCAACAAGCAUUAAGUUCAAGCUUGGCAACUACCGUUCCAAGCUAAGUGAAGCUGGAUGUAGUGAAGUUGCAGUCAAUCGAAAAAGAAGAGGGGAAGAAGAUGACAGUGGCACAAAUAGAUUUUCCUUAAAGAAACCAAAGCGAGGUGAAGUCAACUUUAUCCCUGAUGCCCCAGAAAACUUCAAUGAUGAGUCUCUUGAAAAUGAAAGAUGCAUUUUGGAAGAUGAAAUGAAGAAGAGGGAUAAGAACAUGGCACUCAUCACCCAAAAGAUGGACAUCACAUUCUCUCUCAGGAGGAAAGAAGUUGUGGAGAUGCAGCCCUUGGUCAAGGAAAUGCAGCUCAGAUGGCCAGCUCUCUUCUUGAAAGAACAGGUCUCAAACAUAGUCCAGCAUCGACGACCCAUCAGUUUGGAAGGGUUACCGAUAUUUGUUCGCGACGACGAGACCAAACUCUUCUUAACAUGUCUGGAUACAGAUCCAGUUGAGAGGGUAACCCGAGGUGUUACGGUGGGCAUCCUCACUGUUCUGGAGGACUAUGUGGGACCCAACUCGCAGUCCACAGUGGUCAACACUGCCAUUGUUCUGGAAGAGGACAUUAUUCUUGAUGAUCUGCCAGACCUUCCUACUGCCUUUGCCUACCUGUUUGGCCUACUUUAUGGGCUCAACAUGGAGUUUCCCAAAGAACUCAAGUACACAUUUGAAGCUGUGCAACACAUUUUUAUGGAGUUGACAUCUACCUGUUCCCAGAGGAUAAGAAGCUUCAAAACCAAGCUCUUAACCAAAGUCUAACCUAUUUGACAACAUGUUCAACUCAAAUGCAACUUGUGUAAAACAGAAUGCAGCAAUUUGUUUUGAUUUACAGUUUUUGGGUUUUGUGGUAAGUUGCUCUGAAAAAAGUUAAUUUCUGGCUUUAAGAAAAUGUUAAGGUGCAGAAAGUUUUGAAUCAAUCUCUUCUGUUCUAACUUUACUUAAUGUAGCUUGCAUGACAGAUUGCAGAUUUCAUGUAUAACAAGUUUUUUAUAAAAUGUUGAAAGGGUUUAUUCUAACUUUAUUCUAACUUUAAGCAAUUUUUAUAAUCUGGUUUUAGGUACAUUUGUACUAGUUUUAUAACAAAUGUGGCACGAUACUGAACUUCAGAGGAAAUUAGAGUGUUGAUACAUUACUAUUAAAAGACAAGUGGUGGAAAAAUUUGUUUGAAAGUUAUUUGCUAUAUGGAAACCAGAUAUUCACAUACCAGAUGUUCACAUCCUGCCAUCUGAUGUUUUGAAUCUGUUUGUUAGUGACUAUCUAUCAAGAUAGGUUUGAUAUUCUGUCUGACAAUA